CACAAUGCCAAUGGUACAACUUCCGGGAUCGCAGUGACUCGAUGAGUACAUACUCACCCCAAUUACCUACAUCAUUCGAUCCCGCAAUCCACCUCCAUUCUGAGUUUGAAUGCUCUCAAGACGCGCCUCUGUCGCUCUCCGUUUCCGACGAUCUUGAAGCAUUGCAACAGUGCAUCGACAACGACAAAAUCGAAAAGAACAAACAAGGCAUUGUUAUUCAGCAUAGAGCGUGGAAUACUGCUGAGGUAUUCAGGAGCGAAGAGGACUACUCUAUUGAUACCCCCCUCAGGAAUCAGAAGGCCUCUCCAAUCAAACGGUUCCCUACUGGACCCACUCUAGGCGACAUAUUUCUUCCAUCCUCGCCACCCAACAUCAACAUGCCAUUGACUUCCUCUCCAGUUGCAUACCCUCCGAGUUCCUCGCCGCUGCUGUCUUCGCCAAAGAAAAGGAAGCGAGCUGACCCAGAGAGGAGCCCCCUGAAGGAUGUACAUGUCAAUCAGCCUGCCCAUACUUAUGGAGGAUUUGUUGAUGAUUCCGACGAUGAGGAUGAUCGUGCUGUGUUGAAAGAGGCCGCGAACAAGAGGAGAGCAAUCAGCAGCAUUAAAGAUCUGCUACCCAUACCAAAUCCGACCACGGAGUACACGCCACCUGCGAGUCAAGAUGAGUCGAUACUAGAUCCUGAAGAUGUACCGGUUGACCAUCUUAAUGCCUACUUCAAUUCUCCCUCCCCACAGAAACUGGCUCCUGUCGCCGGCGAAACCACACCGUCGUCUCUGCCAAAACAAGGACUUACUGCCAAGAUCGCAGCGGGAAAAUGUUUCUACAUUCCAAAGAAGUUCUCCCCAGUGGCCAUACCAUACGAGCAGUUGAUCGCGUCGCGCUCUGAGACAGUGGAGGGACGAGCAAAAAGGAGCUUUUACGGCAUUGACAUUCAUCGAUUGAUCGACGAUGCGAAAGCCUUGGACAAGAGCAAAGCUCUAACUCAGAAUGCAGUGAGCGAGGACAACCCGCAGCCUUCGAUCGAGUCAACUGCGGAAGGACAGCCCAUAAAAAGCAGCCGAACCUUAAUGUGGACAGAAAAGUAUCGCGCAAAGAAGUUUACCGAUCUUGUUGGCGACGAACGAACUCAUCGCUCAGUAUUGCGCUGGCUCAAAGGCUGGGAUCCAAUCGUUUUCCCAGGAUCCGGGAAGGCCAAACAAAAGAGCUCGAGGAAAGCGGAAGACGACGGGGUAGAGCAGAAACAUCGCAAAGUCCUUCUGUUGACUGGCCCUCCUGGGCUUGGAAAAACUACAUUAGCUCACGUAUGUGCACGACAAGCCGGCUAUGAGGUCCAGGAAAUCAAUGCUUCUGAUGAACGAAGUCGCGACGUUGUGAAGGGCCGAAUACGUGACAUGGUGGGAACUGAGAAUGUUCGAGGUGUGAACACUACCACAGCAAAUGGAAAGGUCCGGAAAGCGGGAAAGCCGGUCUGCGUUGUCGUCGACGAGGUGGAUGGUGUUGUAAGCGGUAGCGGGGGAUCUGGUGAAGGCGGCUUCGUCAAAGCGUUGAUUGAUCUCAUCACCCUUGACGAAAGGAACUCGAAGGCUGUUGGACAGCAAAAUUCGACAGUACCCAAGAAGAAGAGGAAAGGCGACAAAUUCCGGCUAAUGCGACCACUCAUUUUAAUCUGCAACGAUGUUUACCAUCCGUCUCUGCGUCCUCUUCGACAAUCCUCUUUUGCCGAAAUCAUCCACAUCCGGAAACCCGCAUUGAAUAUGGUAGUUUCACGCAUUCAGGACAUAUUUGUGAAGGAGGCCAUUCCCUGCGACUCGGAUGGUGUUCGCCGUCUGUGCGAAGCCACAUGGGGUGUCAGCACAAAGAAAGAAGGUGGGACGGGCAGUGGUACUGGCGAAGGUGAUAUACGAAGCGUCAUGGUUGUAAGCGAAUGGGUCGCAGGCAAACUUCGAGCUUCCACACCCCCUACAUCCGAGUCCAUGCGAUUAACAAGGAAGUGGGUUGAGGACAACGUCAUCAACGAUCUUCAUCACGGGGGAGGGGCGGCUCGAAGCCUCGGACGUGGUGGGACAAAGGAUAUCGUCGAACGCGUCUUCCGUGAAGGUGCAGGCUUUCCGAAGCAAGCUGAGACGACUCCUAUGCCUGCACGGCAAGGAAAGCAGGGGGUUAUUGGGGUUGCUGAAGCUGGGAAGCGACGUGCAAUGGAUAGGCUUCGGGAAAUGGUCAAUACGAGUGGUGAUUGUGAUCGAAUUAUAGCAGACUGUUUCUCAGCUUAUCCCGAAAAGCCCUUCCAAGACGACACUCUCCUCACCAAGCCUACCGCCGCCUAUGAAUGGCUACACUUUCACGACACAAUCUCCUCCGCCGUCCAUGGCUCUCAAGAAUGGGAACUCGCACCAUAUCUCUCACAAUCCGUACUCGCAUUCCACCACCUCUUCGCUUCUCCCCGCGCUCAAAGCUCCAACCAAAUGUCUGACCCAGAUGCACAACCAUCACCAUUCUCUGGCCCGAACGCAGGUUACAUGGCAUCCGAGCAGCAGAAAGCUAGCCGUGCCCAACUCAUGGCUCUGCAAUCCACUCUAAGCCUACACCUCACUCGAAUUUUCCGAUCUCCACAGGAAAUUGCUAUCGAACUGCUUCCAUACGCACUCCGUAUGCUUUCCCCGGACAUCAAGCCCGUCCUGGUAAACACUGGGCCUUCGGGUUCAAAGUCAUUUGCUACAGCUUCCGUCCGUAAAGCAUCCGAGAAAGUGCUGGUUAAAAGGUCUGUGGAUGCGAUGACCGCCAUAGGUGUUACCUUUGAGAAAAGUAGAGUAGAACUAGAAGAUGUUGCAAAUCGCAGCGGCGGUUGGGUGUACCGAAUGGAGCCUCCUCUCGACCAACUCGGAGCUUUUGAAACGCUAGAAGGCAAGAAAGAUGAGAAGGUCCGGUUUGCCGUCCGAAGCGUACUUGAGAGUGAAUGGAAGCGAGAAAGUGUGCGAAUUGAUGGGGAGGCAAGGCGUCGUCGAGGUGGGCAAGGCAACGAUGAGGCGCUUGAAGAUGAUAAGAAGAAAGAAGAUUUAGAUGCUAAGUUGAACAAAGAGGAGGGUAAAGAUGUAAAGCGCGAUUUCUUUGGCAGAGUGAUCAAGGUCAAACCUCUGCGUAAGGGCGAAAAGGUGGAGCUGACGAAGAAGGAGAUUGAGAAGAAGAAUUAUGAGGCUAGGAUUUGGGUGAGUUUUCAUGAAGGGUUUUCAAAUGCGGUGAGGAAGCCCAUUACGGUUGAUGAGCUCAUGAGAGGACUGUAG